CUGGUGGGUCACCAUCCUCUAUAAUACUAUAGUCUGUACUCACUUUCCUUGUGUUCUCCCCCCCUGCAAAUUUUUGCUCCCAACUGCAAUUUGCCUCCCCUUUGUAGCUAGCUGAAAAAAACUCCAUUACUACUACUGAAAAGAUCUUCACCAGAAAGGAAAGGCCUUUUUCCUUUCUUUCUUCCUUUCUUUCGGCCCACUUUUCCAUGAACAAGUCCCACAGCCAGCAGCAAGUGGCCGCCGCCGCAGCCAGCGCGUACGGCGGGAAAACGGCGAGAGCAUGCGACAGCUGCAUCAGGAGACGCGCCAGGUGGUACUGCGCCGCAGACGACGCCUUCCUCUGCCAGUCAUGCGACGCCUCCGUCCACUCCGCCAACCCGCUCGCCCGCCGACACGAGCGCCUCCGCCUCAAGACCGCCUCCCUCAAGUCCCUCUCUCUCCCCUCUGACGAUGGCGGCGGCGGUGGUGAAAGUAACUCUCUUCUCCAGCAGCCGGCCUGGCACCGUGGCUUCACCCGCAAGGCACGCACCCCACGCGCCAACGGUUCUUCUAAAACGACGUCGUCCCCCUCCGUUUCCAAGUCAAACCAUUUUGAAGAGACGCUGACGAUGAUGCGGGUCCCACUCGUCCCGGAAAUUGGCUGCGACGACCACGACGACGAGGAGGCGGCGGCGGCGGCGGAAGAGGAGCACCAGCUUCUUUAUCGGGUCCCGAUUCUCGACCCGCUCGAACUAUGCAACGCCGACGAGUCCUUCCUCCACCUCCACCACCACCACCACCAGCAUACAGCCGUUUCCGCUUCAUCAAGCGGCGGCGGCGGUGAUAGCAGCAACCAAGAAGAGAGCCUGUUGCAGAUGCAGGGCUUGGUUCUGCCGUCGGACAUGGAGCUGGCGGAGUUCGCCGCCGACGUGGAGAGCCUGCUCGGAAGGGGGCUGGAGGCCGAGUCCUUCGGCAUGGAGGAGCUCGGGAUUCUCGACUGUAGUAAUCAUCAUAAUGAUAAUAAUAAUAAUAACAAAGACGGCGACGACGGUGACGUCAGCAAGCUGGUGAAGAUGGAAACCGGCGAGUUCCUCAGCGGAGGAGGAGGAGGAGGAGUGGAUGAGUACUCCGAUGAGCAGCCCCUGUUCCAGCUCAGCUUCGACUACGGCGGGGACGAGGAGGCCGCCACGUGUCAGGAGGAGGAUGAGAAGAUGGUGAUGAGGCUUACUGCUGGAGUCGAAGAAGAAGAAGGAGACCAUAGUGUUGGUGUUGGUGGUGCCGAUGAAGUUGGGGAUAACAUGGAGAUUGGUAAUAAGAAGAGGAAGAGGAGCAUACUGUUGAGGUUGAAUUACGAAGCUGUGAUGGCCGCAUGGGACACGUCGACUCAAGGCUCCACCUCCCCUUGGACCAACGGCCGGCGGCCCGAGUUCGACGUCAACGAAUGCUGGCCCGACUGUAUGGGAGGUUGCGGGAGGGAGUAUCAGCACCACUUAUUGGGAUACCAAUUGGGAGAAGGGAGGAGUUUGGGUGCGGCGGCGGCGGCGGCGGGGGACGGAGGGAGGGAGGCGAGGGUGUCGAGGUACAGGGAAAAGAGGAGGACGAGAUUGUUCUCGAAGAAAAUAAGGUACGAGGUGCGGAAGCUGAACGCGGAGAAGAGGCCGAGGAUGAAGGGGAGGUUUGUGAAGAGGGCCAGUUUUGCGGCGGCGGCGGCGAGUAGUAGUACUACUUCGGUGCCUAAUUACACUUCUUUGGUACUCAACAAGAAGUGACGACCAUCAUCAAUUUGACGACCUUACUUAUUUGUGAACUUUGUUCUUGUUGAUGUUUGUGGCUAGCUAACUAGUUGGCUGCUGUUUUAAUUUGGCGUUUUGAGCCGAUUGUUGCUGCUAUCUAUAGCAGCAAUGCAGUCAUGCUUGCUUUGUACAGUGGUAGUGAUACGAUGUGAAGUUGAAACUCGUGCUGGUUUUUGGCCUGGGAUUUGGUAUGCCCGAAUCCCUGGUUUCCCCUCCAGUUAAUAAAAUGUACUUUUUGAGCUUCUUGUAUGAAUGAAGCAAGUAAUGUGUCAUAAUUGGCAUCGAUCUACUCGCUCCAGAUAUAUUUUGUAUUAGCAAGAAAAUUUCUUUCCAUGUACCCAAAUUCAGCUGGGGAGACUUGUGCAGUUUUGUUCAUCUUCGCUCUUGCGUUGGAGCUUUCUCUUGGAUGAUGCAACUAACUUUGACAGGCUUGGGGUGUGGAAAAUGAGACAUUACAAGCUCGCUUACUCAAUACUUGAACUAAAUGUGAGAAUAUUGU